AUGUACGAUAAAUACGACCAGCGCCUUCAUAAGCAGAAGAAGAGUGGAUGGAAGUAUCUCGGCUAUGAGUAUGGCCUUGAUACGGUAUGGGACAUCUCAUUCAGUACUCUGGGAAAUGAGGCUCGCGCGUGCCUUGGGGUCUUAAGUUUCUUUGCGCCAGACUCGAUCCCCGCGAAAGUACUUGAAGCCAGCGAUUAUACGCGUUUGCCCUCCACCCUCUCCUUUUGCGAGGACGAACUCAGGUAUGCCGAAUACCGAUCAAGAAUGGAAAACCCUCAAGAGAAUUUCGGAACUCCGACGAGGUUGCUUUUGGAGAAGUUUCCCUCUCAGCGAUCUAUGGAGCGGUAUAUUCCUCAAGCCCUUGCACUCGUGAAGAAUUAUAACGAAUCUCGGUCAAAACCCAACCCUCUCCAACCUAACAUGAACUUCGUCCAUCUGCUUGGUAACGCUGCUAAUGCCAUACAUGACAAUGACACUGUUGGCGCUGGUCCAAUCUUUCUAGACACCGCCAGUGCCGCAUAUGUGCUGUGCAAUGAACAAGACCAGCUCUUGUGGGCUCUGAUCUUAUACUUGCAGUGCAUACACCAUUUCUGUACCAGCGAGUUCGCCAAAUCAGAGAAGGAGAUGGUCGAGUGCCUCGAAAUACGUCAGAAAUUACUUCCCGCCGAUGAUUUACUUAUCGCUCUUGCAUACAUUGGGAUUGGUCCGGCUUUUGGGGCACAAGGACGGUAUUCGGAGGGCCUCGAGUGGUUACUGAAGGGCGGCGAGAUCCUUAAAGGCCCUGCUGGAGAUGCCACCGCCAGGAAAAUCGCCUGGGGUUAUAAUACCUCGAGGAAUUACUAUUGUAUGGGACGAUUCGAAGAAGCUGAGGAGUUGCUGAUGACAGCGUUCAACUUGGCCAAAGCAAUACAAGGCUGGUAUAACCAAGUUUACGGUUGUCUUACUCUGGCGUCACUUCGCACGCGAAUGAACCGGCUUGACGACGCAAACGACUACGUCGGUGAAGCCCAAUCAAUACUUGAAACAUCCGGCACUGGUGUUAUCGCAAUACUGCAAGGCCGUACCGCUGAUGCCAUACGAGAGACGGAAAAAUCGGUGGCUAUUGGGAAACUAGUGAAACUGCCAAAGGGCAUACUCUGCCGUUCCAUCCACGCCUACUCGAAAGCAUUAGGCAUGGAUCCCUGCAGAGUAGAAGAGUCCGAGGUCCAACGCCUAGAGGCCCGACAACUAAGGUCGCAGCUACCGGGCGGUGGAGGAAACUUAGACGACGAGAGCGAUGCAGCAUUUGAGCGGCUAGUGAAAAUGGAUCAACGCUGA